AUGCCAGGCUACUCAGAAUUUUAUUUCAAUGUGGAUCAUGGUUAUCUAGAAGGACUGGUCCGAGGCUUUAAAGCUGGAAUCUUGAAAGCUUCUGAUUAUGUUAACUUAGUCCAAUGUGAAACCCUGGAAGACCUGAAGUUACACUUACAAACCACAGAUUAUGGAAACUUCUUGUCCAAUGAAACUGAUCCUCUCACUGUCUCUACAAUUGAUGACAAACUAAAAUUCAAACUGCUGACAGAAUUUCAGUAUUUUAGAAAUCACGCCUUUGAACCACUUUCAACUUUUCUAAAUUAUGUUACGUAUAGUUAUAUGAUUGAUAAUGUGAUUCUCCUCAUUACUGGUACAUUGCGCCAAAGACCCAUAGAUGAAUUGGUUCUUAAGUGCCACCCUUUGGGCAACUUCGAGCAAAUGGAAGCUGUCAGCAUUGCUCCAAACCCUGCAGAGCUCUUCAAUGCAAUCUUGGUGGACACACCAUUAGCUGACUUUUUUCAAGAUUGUAUAUCUGAAAAUGACCUGGAUGAAAUGAAUAUUGAACUCAUGCGCAACAAACUGUACAAGUCCUAUCUUGAGGCCUUUUAUGCAUUCUGCAAAAAAGAAGGUGGCACUACAGCAGAUAUAAUGUGUCCUAUUUUAGAGUUUGAAGCUGACCGGCGGGCAUUUAUUAUCACAAUUAAUUCAUUUGGAACAGAACUAAGUAAAGAAGACAGACAGAAACUGUAUCCAACUUGUGGCAGACUGUAUCCAGAAGGCUUAGAUAUGCUUGCCAAGACUGAGGAUUACGAGCAAGUGAAGGGUGUGGCAGAUUACUAUGCUGAAUACAAGGCUUGUUUUGAAAUGGUUGGAAGUGGUACAGGUGACAAAACCUUAGAAGAUGCUUUUUUUGAGCUUGAGGUAAAAAUGAACGUGCUGGCAUUUAACAGUCAAUUUCAUUUUGGAGUUUUUUAUUCCUACGUUAAACUGAAGGAACAAGAAAGUAGAAAUGUUGUGUGGAUUGCUGAAUGCAUUUCUCAAAGGCACAGAACAAAGAUUAACAACUAUAUCCCUAUAUUUUAA